AUGAAAUUCCUCGCUUUGACAUUGUUCGUGUGCUUGCUGAUGGUUGCGCUGGUAGCAGCCGCACCCGCUGAAGAAUCCCUACCGGGUGGUAUUUACGAACAGGAUGAGCAAGGGCGGCAAAACUUCUUCAAACUGAAGAAGAUCAAGAAGCUGCUUUUGGGUUAAUCAAAAACCAUUUACAU